ACUGACAGAGCGGGGCGACUGUUCUCAGUUGCACGCACUCCCCUCUCGUCCUCCGUCGAUAUCAAGGGUUCCUCUGCCUUCCUUAUUAUUUAUUUAUGAGUAACCUAACUUAGAAAAAGAAACAGAGGUAGCAACCGGAUUGCAAUACCAGCGUAAUGCAGGAAAAUAACAAGUCCAAGGAAAGAGGGGGAAACGGAAAAAAAGACGGGGAAAGACAGAGAAAAUGCAGUUUUUCUGACGUGCGGACGUUUCUCCUCUCUUCCUUUAUUAUAUAAUAUUUACAGCGUGUCUUUUCUUUCUUUGUUUCAACUUAAAGAGAGAAAACAACAACAUCAGGUGGACUUCAGUAUUAAAAACAAAACAACUCCAAGACAAACCACGAGUGAGAAAAAGAAAACGAGCGAUACUUUCUCGUCUUCUCUCUUAUUCUCUCCUCUCCUCUCCUCUUCUCUCCUCUCCUCUCCUCUCCUCGCUUUUCUGUCGAAGCAACAUAAUGGAGUAUUUGUAUCUACUUGGUCGAUGGAUGUGCAACUACUUUAUACCCAGGAGAAUUCGCCCAUCUCCCUUUUUCACCGGGAGAUUUCUCUCGCUGUUGGUUUUCCUCCAUGGCUUCGUUUUCCAUCCCGACCCGUGCCUCUCCCACCCCCAGCCAUGUCACAUCCUGGCUCGGAUCGGACACACGGUUCGUCUCGGUGCUCUGCUUCCCACCGGACAACCAGCCAGGGUACAGAACGCUCUGAACAGAGCCUUGACCAGCCUGAAGCACCGGGCUGGAGAAGGCAACCCGCCUCUUCUGCCCUACAACCUCACCCUGGAGGUGGUGUCUCGGGCCCCGUCUGGUGGCGACCCUGUCUCCCUGUCCAGGUGUGUGUGUCAGGAGCUGGUUGUGCGAGGGGUGACAGGUGUCCUGGCCUUCCCUCGUUCACCAGAGGAACUCAUCCACAUCGACUUCCUGUCCUCCUUCCUGGAAAUACCUUUUAUAUCACUACUGGAGGACCUAGAACCACUCAGAGUUAAGAACCGGUUCCAUCUCCAAAUGUCAGUUCGUGUUCCACCCUCUCGCCUGGCCAACCUUCUGCUCUCUGUUCUCCAGGGGGUAGAGGGGGAGACAGAGGAGAGGGGGGAGGGACUACUGAAACAUCUAGAGACACAGAAAGGAACAAGCUGGAGUCUGCUGGAUCUCAUCAACCUUACACAUAUAGGAGGGGAGGAGAGGAGGGAGGAGAGAGGGAAGGAGGAGAGGAGGGAGGAGAGAGGGAAGGAGGAGAGGAGGGAAGAGAGAGGGGAGGAGGAAAGAGGGGCUGAGAGAGGUGAAGAAACAAGUGAUGAGACCAGAGAAGACAAGAGGGAAGCUGAGGUCUUGUCUCUCCUCUCCCGUCGUCUUCUUCGCUCCGCCUCUCCUCUCUCCUCCGUGGUCAUCCUUGGUUCCGACCCAGAAUGUCUCUCUUCUGUCCUCCGCUGCGCCCAGCGUCUCGCUCCCUCGCUCCCCGCGCUGCAGUGGAUUAUGGGUAACCCUCUGUCACCUGACUCUCUCCUCUCGCUGGGCGGGCCCCUCGGCCUAUUGGCUUAUGGAGAGGUUGGUCGUAAGCCCAUCACCUUCUACAUCCGAGACGCGCUGCGGUUGAUUGGCCAGGCGGUGACGUCGGCCAGUGAGGUGAGGCCAGACCUGGCUCUGAUCCAGAACCUGGUCAACUGUUACGACAAACCAAACAAAGAGGAAGUGCCCUCGUCUGGACAAUACCUGGCCAGGUUCCUCUCCAACACGUCGUUCCAGGGUUCUACGGGCGCGGUCCGCGUGGCACCUGCUCUCUCCCAGGUCCUCUCCUCCCAGCUGUACCACGUGUGGAGCCUGAAGAGAGGUCCUCUUGGCCAGCCGUCCUGGGUCACCGUGGCCCACUGGACCACCGGGCGCCUACAGCUGGACGAGGGGGUUCCUGGAGGGAGAUGGAGGCCUGGGCUACAGAUGGCGGGCCAGAGAUUAAGGGUGGUGACCCUGGUGGAGCAUCCCUUCGUGUUCACUAGAGAGGUGGAUGAGGAUGGGCUGUGUCCCGCUGGUCAGCUCUGUCUGGACCCGAGGACUAACCGCUCAUAUCUACUGGACUCACUGUUCUGUCACCUGCACCAGACCAAUACAACUGCUACCACUACUGACCACAACCCAACAGAGGACCUGCGGAAGUGUUGCUAUGGUUACGUUAUUGACCUGUUGGAGAAGCUGUCGGAGGACCUGAAGUUCACCUUUGACCUUUACAUCGUGGGAGACGGGAAGUACGGAGCGAUGAGCAGCACUGGGAGGUGGACCGGUCUGGUGGGAGACCUGCUGAGUGGAACAGCAGACAUGGCUGUGACAUCAUUCUCCAUCAACUCAGCCAGGAGCAGAGUAAUAGACUUCACCUCUCCAUUCUACUCUACCUCUCUGGGGAUACUGGUGCGUAGCCAGGACACAUCAGCCCCUAUUGGGGCCUUCAUGUGGCCUCUCCAUUGGUCCAUGUGGGUGGGCAUCUUCGUCACUCUUCAUCUUACCGCACUCUUCCUCACCGUCUAUGAGUGGAACAGUCCCUUUGGUAUGACUCCUCAUGGCAGGAACAGACUCAGAGUGUUCUCCUACUCCUCAGCCCUCAACCUCUGUUACGCCAUCCUGUUUGGACGCACUGUCGCUACUAAGACUCCUAAGUGUUGGACCAGUAGGUUCCUGAUGAACCUGUGGGCUAUCUUCUGUCUGCUGGUGUUGUCCAGUUAUACAGCUAACCUGGCUGCUGUCAUGGUGGGGGAGAAAACCUUUGAACAGGUGUCUGGGAUUCAUGACGAGAAGCUGCACCACCCAUCCCGUGGGUUCAGGUUUGGGACAGUCAGAGAGAGCUCUGCAGAAGACUACAUGAGGAAGAGUUUCUCUGCCAUGCAUGACUACAUGAGACGUUACAACCAACCCACCACACCAGACGGAGUGGACAUGUUAAAGACAGAUCCUCCCCUACUAGAUGCCUUCAUCAUGGAUAAAGCUCUAUUGGAUUAUGAAGUCUCCAUCGAUGCUGAGUGUAAACUAGCGACUGUGGGCAAGCCUUUCGCUAUAGAGGGGUAUGGUAUAGGUGUUGCCCAAGGCUCUCCUCUCACUGCCAACGUGUCUGAAUUCAUCAGUCGCUACAAGUCAGAAGGGUUCAUGGACAUAUUACAUGAGAAAUGGUACAAGGUGGUGCCAUGUGGGAAGCGAGUUUUCACUAACACUGAGAAUUUAUCGAUGGGGAUAGAUCAUUUCUCAGGCCUGUUUGUGAUGUUGUGUGUGGGGGUGGUUGGAGCCAUCUUUACCUUGGCAGCUGAACACACCUUCUAUCACCUAGCCCUGCCCCGGCUACGACGGUCACACACACUCACCUACUGGUUGCAUACCAGCCAGAAGAUCCAUCGAGCCCUGAACACCCCUUACGAGGACGUAGGGAAAGAGUUGAUUGGCCUGGACCACAAUCCCUCCCCUUGUGUCUCUGACAGCUGCAGCCUCCACAGACACCGGCAGCCUCGCUCUCCUCCUCCCCUGUCUUCCCCCCUGCCUGCCCCCACUCCUCCUCAGCCCUCCUCUCUUGCCCGGGACAUCAAGGAGAACAAGAGGGUCCACUUUGAUCUGGAGAGCCUACACAGCUACCGUCUACACACACACACCGCCUCGUUCUGGGGACGGCCUGGCAUGGUGGGGCGACAUGGCCUGGGAGGGUGUCUGGGUGGUUUAGCUCCUCCUCAGGUUAGCCUGCAUGCUAACGGUGGCCCAGCAUCAGCCCUGGCCUCCUCUGGUCUGGCCCUGCCUCCCCUGGGGAACCCAGGCAGCCAGGCCUUCCUGUGGGAGGGAGAGCUCCAGGAGGUCCAGGGGAGGAUCGAGACGUUCACAGCUCAGCUGAGAGACGCCGUGGCCAGGAGGGCCGAGAUACAGACCUGCCUGGAGAACCAUAAAAUGAACCAGAGCACAGCUACUGCUGUCAAACUGGAGAAAGACAAGGUUGCCCAGUCACAAAGCCUGGAGAGAGCGAGAACCAACGCAGAGAAAGAUAGAACCAAGGAAGAGAAAGAGGGGAUCAACCAGGAGAAAGGGAUGAGUGGCAGAUCAAACCACUGUAGCAGCCUGGACAGAAACAGAGACCGAGACAGGACAAGCAGGGACAGUUCCACUGUGAGACAAACAGCCAGACAGGACACAGACAGGGACAGACUGUUACACCAAUCAGAAACUGAGAGAGACAGAGACGACCAAUCAAAAAGCCUGGACGGAAAUGGGAGCAGCCAAUCACAUGCCUCCAACAUUCUGCAGACAGGGAGGAACAGCCAAUCAGAAGCUCUGAACAUCCUACAGAGGAGGAGAGAGAUCCAAUCAAAAACCUCUGCCAGCCUGGACAGAGGGACAACCAACCAAUCAGGUGCUGUCAAUACACUGCAGGGAGAAAGAACUGUCCAAUCACGUAACUCCACCAGUCUGGAGAGAGGAAGAGCCAGGCAAUCAGGUGCAGUGAAAGACAAGGAAAGGGGGAGAACUGUCCAAACACGGACAGGGGCUAGUCUGGACAGAUUGAGAGCUAGCCAAUCCAGUGGGAAUCUGGUUAGAGAACGUCCCGCCCCUGUGGACAUCCAGAAGAGCUUGUGUUAG